GAGUCGGAAACUUUCUCCUCGUCUCCUCUCCCUUUCAUUGGCAACCACUAACUCCAUCCACCCGACCUUUUUUCGUUUUGCUGAAAACUAUAUAAGCAACAUACGUCACAUGCUAUCCCACACACUUCGCUCAUGCGUGCGUCCCACGCCCCAUUUAGCAUCCACAAGAAUAAUGGGACCCGUGGAUUAUACACGACACCUCCCGCUUCGCGCGUGGAGAAUCCCUCGUUGAAUGCGCUUUGCCCUAGUCGUCUGCGGACACAUCCUUCUCUCUAUAUCCACCAUGAACCACCACCGUCAGCGACUCCGAUCACCUACUUCCAUCCCUUUCCGAUUUCUUCCAAUCGGCCGAUUUGCUGCUCAAUUUUCUCGUCAAUCUGCCAGUUUCGCAGUGUCUCCUUGUAAGGGUUAAAAUGGAUCCGAUGGAUAUCGUUGGUAAAACGAAGGAGGAUGCUUCACUUCCCAAAGCAACUAUGACAAAGAUUAUUAAAGAGAUGUUGCCUCCUGAUGUCCGUGUUGCUCGAGAUGCUCAGGAUCUUUUGAUUGAAUGUUGUGUAGAGUUCAUCAAUCUUAUCUCAUCAGAAUCAAAUGAAGUUUGUAAUAGAGAAGAUAAACGAACAAUUGCACCAGAGCAUGUACUCAAGGCUUUAGAGGUUCUUGGUUUUGGGGAGUAUAUUGAAGAAGUUUUUGCCGCAUAUGAACAACACAAGCUGGAGACUGUGGAUACUGUGAGAGCUGGGAAGUGUAGCAAUGUAGCUGAAAUGACUGAAGAAGAAGCGUUGGCUGCGCAACAGAGGAUGUUUGCUGAAGCACGUGCUAGGAUGAAUGGAGUUGUUACAGCUCCGCCCAAACAGCAAGACUCAGAAGCAGAUCAAAGAUUGGAUAGCUAACUUUAGGACCUUUUUUUUUUUCCUGUAGGCAAGCAUCUUUCAGUCGUUUUAGAGGUGGUUUCUCUUCUAUCAUGUACAAAAAGCUCCUGGCACCUGCGCUGGCUUGUGGACUCGAGCUCAAUUUGUACACUUUUAAUUAUGUCCAUAUGUUCUGUAAUUAGUGAAUUUGCUUUAGAAUGUCCUCUACACUCAACAAGUACUUUUAGUAUAUUUAUAUUAGUCAGAGUGGAAAUUGCUAGUGCUCUUUGUCAUCA